CAUGAUCGCGCGUUAAAUUCAAGUGAAUUCUUAGCAACUCAGAAAAGGGAAUCCUUCGAAGGAUGUUGCGUUCUCAGCAGUCGGGCUUCCAGUUCGAUAUGUUCGAGGCAUCCUCUAAAAGCUUCAAAAUUUGAACGGCCAUGGCAACCCAACAGAAGAUACAGAGGGGUAGUGCAUUCCAGGUAUCAGGACCAGAAUGUCUGAUUGGUUUUUGAGCCAAGGCUGUUUUGGCGUUAAACACAGUGUAAGUGAUAGUCAUUGGAAUGCCUGGUUAGAUUCUAUCUGCAGUCUCAGCAACGAGCCUCGAAGUUCGAAAGACCAGAUGCAAGGGAAAGGAGAGACUGCGCAUCGUCACACCGACUCAGUUCAAAAUACAGCUCAAGACCUCUCUAGAAGGAAGGGUCCUUAUCAUGAAAAUGGUGGAUUGCAGUCACGAUCACAAACCACACCAGGAGGUAAUCGUUAUAUAAGGAACAAAUCUGGUAAAAAUGUAGAAGAAGAAGACCUUGUGGAAAGCUCUGAAAGUCGAAAGAAGCUGGAUGACAGUGACAAAGACUUGAUUGCAUCAAGCAAGCCAUCUUCUUGUAGCAGUAAUGAAUCGUCAUCAAUCGUUUCCCGGUGUAAUUGGUGUAAUGAGGAAUUCCAGUCAGAGUAUGAGCUGUUCAAUCAUACCAGAACUCACACCAGUGAGAGGGCUUAUCAGUGUUCUAAAUGUAACAAGGUAUGCACCAACAAAGUUCAGCUGAGUGAACAUAUGAGAAUACACGUUGUUGAUGCUCAUAAUCUUUCCCUCAAAUGUCUUAAUAAGUUCCAGAACGAACAGAAUCUUGCUAGCCACAUGGUGCCACAUAAUAUGUGUUCAGUCCGUGGCAAGGAAUUUCUCAGUGUUUCUCCUCUUGUCUACGUGUGCCCAAAGUGUCAUGAAACUUUUCCUAAUAAAGCUUCCUUCGAUGAUCACCUUAGAUCCAACAGUGAAGCGAAGCCUGAUUUUUGCAGUGUAUGUGGGGACACAUUUCUUGAUAAGUGUAGACUAGUUAUACAUCUGAAAAGACACAUAACAGAGACGAGUCUUCGUUCCCCUUCUCAUUACAAGAUGCCUCCUAAGGCACAGCUCACAGAUGUCCAGACGCCCUCUUCCGACAAACCUUAUUCGUGUUCCGAGUGUAAUAAGCAGUAUACUUCAAAGCGUCACCUCAACACACACAUUAGAAAACACACUGGCGAUUUACCUUGCCAGUGCCAGUACCAGACAUGUGAUAAGAGGUUUGCCCAUGAAUAUCAGCUUACUAAUCACAUGGUUUCGCACUCUGAAGAAAGGCCUCAUGUGUGUUCUGAGUGUGGCAAGGCAUUUCAGCGUCGCUCUGGUGUGGUCAAGCACAUGCGGUUACAUGGCAAUGAUAAGCCUUAUAAAUGCUCUGAAUGUGAUAAGGCUUUCUGUUAUAGUAAAGAACUCGCAACCCAUGUCAGACUGCACACAGGAGAGCGACCUUAUUCAUGCUCUGAGUGUAAUAAGAGAUUUAACACAAAGAGUAACUUCAAAUCCCAUAUGAAAAUACACUCUGGUGAUAAGCCUUAUUGUUGUCCCCAUUGUGUUAAGGCAUUUUGUAGAAAGCAACAGCUUGAUAUUCAUGUCAGGACACAUGCUGAAAAGAAACCUUUUCAGUGUCCUGUGUGCAAGAGAAGGCUUUCUAAGAAAAGAUAUCUCCUAGAGCAUAUGAAGACACAUGAUGAUGUAAAGCCUUAUUAUUGCCCUCAUUGUAACGAGGGCUUUGUUAAUAAAUGGGGAUAUCUGAGACAUGUUAGCAGACAUGCGGAGAGAAGAGCGUACCAGUGCCCGUACUGUGAACAUGCUUGUGCUACAAGUUCAGAGCUUGAGAUUCAUACGAAGACUAAACAUGAAAAGCCUCUUCAAUGUCCUUACUGUGUUAAGGUAUACUUUCAAAGUUCAGAGCUGAUGGUGCAUUUGUUAAGUCACAAAGGAGUAUUCGGUGCCUCAAACGUAUCAAAGCAUAUUCCAGCCAGUGAAAUCUCUCUAAACAUGCCAAAGAACACGAAAGAAAGCGCUUUUCAGUACAAUUAUUGCAAUGCAGGAUACAGUACUAAGGAACACCUCACAUCACACCUUAAAACAUGCACAAAGCAGAGCAUUUCCCAUUGAUCUUAUUGCAAGGAGGUUUAUACAUGAAAGAGUGAGCUAAAGAACCAUAAUCACAAAAACACAUGCCGCAAGGUUUUCAUGAAGCGUAAAUUGUUAUAAUCAUAAUUUAAUAAGCACUCGCACAGGCACUUGCACAUGCACAAACAAGAACAUAAAUAACUCCACAGACUACACACCCCCAAGAAAGAUUACAGAGAUUCCUUUUCAGGACUCCUCAAUCCUCUCUUUCUCUCUCACAUGGUGCACCAGCAAGCCUACUGUAUAUAAAUAACUUGUUAAGCAAAAUACAUACACUUACAUAUUAAACACAAUUAAAGUUAAGGCUUUUCAUUUUAUACCCACAAUUGUUUAAAAAGUGAUUUAUUUUAUUAUGUGGCUGUUGUAAUCAAUUUCUUUCUGGUAAUAUUUACGAUAAGUAUGAUCACCCAUAUAGGUUCCUUCUCAAAGCCACCAUCACGAUCAAGCUCUCCUGCACUUUUCAAUUUAUAAAUAAUUUUUCAGCCAUGUUUUCUUAAUGGUAUGAUUAUAUAAUUGUUUCAUAUUAUGAUAUGAAAGUAUAUUUAUUUAGAUUUUUGUUAUUAUAUGUACCUGGUUCAUAUAUUACUUGUUAUUAAGUUGAAAAUGCAGGGGAAAAAAAGGUUCCCAUGUUAUUUUAUGUACACCUUGAUACUACAGUUUGGGAACAAUUAUUCCAUUGUUUAAUUUGAUUUACCGCAGUACUUUCAACUUUGCAAUUAUAUCUAUGUAUUUUUGUGUAUUUCAAUUGUCAAAUUUUAUGUACACCAAUUAUAUUAGGGCCUAUAAUCUAUAGUCCUACUCGUCUUUUUAAAAAUAUUUUGUACCGGUAUUUGAUAUUUCAAUAAAUCCAGAAACAUUUGCAAGGCACUGUCCAUUAGUCAAUCAACAUAUUAAAAAGAAACCAUUGGAGUAUCAUAUAUUUUUCCAAAUGUGUUUAUAAGAAGUCAAGUGGAGUACUAUGAUCUCUGGUGCUGAAAGAGUGAGGAUAUAUUAUAUUGAGAAAGAGUGCUUGACAUACAUGGAGCUAUUAUAAGUUGGUAAAAGUAUCUGGUAUUGAAGUUUGUCAGUAACUGGAUGUCUGUGUUGUUCAUUUAACAUUGGGGGUAGCAUGGGAUAGAUCAAGCUAUAUUUGUAGAUCACACAGCCUAGGUAUAAUGGAUCUUUUAUUCCCUUUUUUAUGAUGGGGUAUCCCCUUGCCAUCAUUGGGAAUGCUGAAUUCUGGUAAAAAUUAAAAAGUGAUUGAUGAGCUUUUGAAUCUUUGUUAUUCCCAUAAAUAAGAAUAUCAUAGUAGAAAUGUCUUUUGAAAAGUAAUGACGUAUUUGAAGUAUGAUUUCAUUACACCAGUAUUAUACAACUUUUAUGAUGAUGCUACAGGUCCAAAGAACCUUAAGGUAAAGACCAGUAUUGAAAACGCCCCAAUUUCAAAAAAUGAGUGCUUCUAACUUUAUGAAGACUUGGCCAAAUUUCUUAUCAUUUUGAUGAUUCAGAACCUUGCAGUACAUCUAUGCUGAUCGAUUUCACAAUGUUUCUUUCACAAUGCAAUUGCAUGACCAUAACUGGUCUUUAGCUUUAAACUCUAUGCAGGGAUUUUCAGGGUUAGCAAUUUUCAAAUUUGUUUGUUUAUUCUCAAGUAUCCAACCAGUGUUUUUCGUAUGUUCGAAGUUUCCAGGUUCGAUAAGCUUUCAAGCUAUUUUUGGUUCCUGUUAUCUUUUCAUGUUUGUGUCUACUAUAUUACAAAUGUUUAUAUACCUAUUGUUAUGUGUUUAUUAUUGGAUAGUAAAUUUCAAAUGCAGUCACAUAUCCAGUACUCACAUCACACUAACUUUUCUGCCUUUAGAGAUAUGAUGGUUGAUAUUUAUUCGCACACAAUUUCAGAAUAUUGUUUGUCUGUCUUGGAAUGAUAAUUAUGGGCAUUGGUCCUAUCUCCCAAAUUAUGAGUUCUGAAACAUUUAUGACUUCAAUAUUUUUUUUGUUCAAUCAAUUUAUAAGUAAUUAAAGAAAACAAAAUCAUAAUAACAAAUAUGCACUACCUAUACCCGUGAGGAUCUACAUAAGUAUGUAAUUAUAUAAUGUACUUUUUGUACAUUGAGAAAAAAGUAAAUUGAAACAAUUAUUACCUGUGUAAAUAUUUUCUUUAGAAAUAUAUUUUUCCUAAUAUCACAUAACAAAA